CGGUUGGAGGCCUCGGCGACUGCGCGUUGUGUGGCUUCCUGGCGUAGGACCUGAGCUGUCUGCAUUUGCGGGACCGGCGCUUUGGAGCUGGCCACUGGUUGUGUAUGCUGGUUACCACGUCGGAAGACCUGGUCCUUGACUAACGAGUGCAGAACAAUGCUGAAAGGAGUAACAAGGCUUAUCUCCAGAGUUCACAAGUUGGACCCUCGGUGUUUUUUGCACGUGGGAUCCCAGGGACCCCAAAGCAUUGCUGCUCACCCGGAUAACCAGGUUCAAGUUGAGAGGCCCAGAACUAUUUCCCGUACCAGUGAAAGUGACCCGGCCCAGCACGGGGAGCAGCAUGAGGGUCGGCACUACAGCAUCCCCUUCCAGGAGCUGAAGACUGUGUUUCCGCACGGCCUGCCUCCUCGCUUUGUAAUGCAGGUGAAGACAUUUGGUGAAGCUUGCCUGAUGGUGAGGAAACCAGCCCUAGAGCUUCUGCAUUAUCUGAAAAACACCAAUUUUGCUCACCCAGCUGUACGGUAUGUUCUCUACGGAGAGAGGGGAACAGGAAAAACCCUCAGUCUUUGCCAUGUUAUUCAUUUCUGCGCAAAACACGGCUGGCUAAUCUUGCAUAUUCCAGAUGCUCAUCUUUGGGUGAAAAAUUGUCGGGAACUUCUGCAGUCUACCUACAACAAACAACGCUUUGAUCAACCUUUAGAGGCUUCAACCUGGCUGAAGAAUUUCAAAACUACAAAUGAAUGCUUCCUGAGCCAGAUAAAAGUUCAAGAGAAAUAUGUCUGGAGUAAGAGAGAAAGCACUGAGAAAGGCAGUCCUCUGGGAGAAGUGGUGGAACAGGGCAUCACCCGGAUAAAGAAUGCCACAGACGCAGUUGGGAUUGUCCUGAAGGAGCUCAAGCGGCAAAGCUCUUCGGGGCUGUUUCACCUCCUGGUGGCUGUGGAUGGUGUCAAUGCUCUCUGGGGAAGGACCACACUGAAAAGAGAAGAUAAAAGUCCGAUUGCACCAGAAGAGCUAGCACUUAUUUAUAACCUGAGGAAGAUGAUGAGGAAUGAUUGGCAUGGAGGUGCCACUGUGUUAACUUUGAGCCAGACGGGGUCUCUCUUUAAGCCCUCAAAAGCCUAUCUGCCCCAUGAGCUACUGGGCAAGGAAGGAUUUGAUGCCCUGGAUCCCUUUCUUCCUAUCCUGGUUUCUAACUACAACCUAAAGGAGUUUGAAAGCUGCAUUCAUUAUUAUUUAGAGAACAAUUGGCUUCAACAUGAGAAAGCACCUACAGAAGAAGGGAAGAAAGAGCUACUGUUCCUAAGUGAUGCCAACCCCACACAGCUGGAGCGGCUCUGUGCCUACCUCUAAGCCACAGUCACAAAGUGCGUGGCAGACAGUGGACGUUUUCUUUACAAUGGACCCAGUUUCAGGUGCAGGCGGCGCAGGCUGGGGCAGAGCAGCCAGGCCCCUGGUCGUGGCAGAUGAGAUGGGUUUGCCGUGGGCUCCAGGCCUACACUGCCUUGGCUUCCCCGUGACGUGACCAUAUGCCAAUAAGAUGUCCCCUUGUUCCCAAAACUACUACAUGUUUCUGGAUAUGGUUUUUACCUUCAAGAUAAUUGUGGAUCUUUUCCUAAAAAUAAUAAAAUAUCUUUCUUAAAGCAUGUAUAGAUUUAUAAGGAAA